AUGGCGGCGCUCGGCGCGGUGGCGGUACUCGGCGCGGCGCGCGGGCUCGCUGGGCGGGCGGCGCGCGCGGCUGCGGGGCUCCGAGGCCGCGGCCCCGCCAGGGGCUACGCCGCGGGCCGCUCUCAGAACCCGCCCACCUUCGGCUUCCUGUUGGACAUCGAUGGCGUGCUGGUGCGGGGCCACAGAGUGAUCCCUGCUGCCCUGGAAGCAUUCCGCAGGCUGGUGAACUCCCAGGGAGAGCUGCGGGUGCCCGUGGUUUUUGUCACAAAUGCUGGGAACAUCUUACAACACAGCAAAGCCCAGGAGCUGUCAGCCCUGCUGGGGUGCAAGGUGGAUCCAGACCAAGUUAUUCUCUCUCACAGCCCCAUGAAGCUCUUCUCACAGUACCAUGGGAAGCGGAUGCUAGUGUCUGGGCAGGGGCCCCUGGUGGAGAAUGCCCGAGCACUGGGCUUCCAGAAUGUGGUUACUGUGGAUGAGCUGCGGACGGCCUUCCCUGUGCUUGACAUGGUGGACCUUGAGCGGCGGCCAAAGAACACGCCCCUGCCGAGGAAUGACUUCACAGCCAUCGAAGGGGUGCUUCUCCUUGGGGAGCCAGUCCGCUGGGAGACAAGCUUGCAGCUGAUCAUGGAUGUCCUCCUCAGCAAUGGGAACCCUGGGACUGGUCUGGCAGCAGCCCCCUAUCCUCAUCUUCCUGUCCUGGCGAGCAACAUGGAUCUCCUUUGGAUGGCUGAGGCCAAGAUGCCCAGGUUUGGCCACGGCACCUUUCUGCUGUGCCUGGAAACCAUUUACCAGAAAGUGACGGGCAGUGAACUGAGAUACGAGGGCCUGAUGGGCAAGCCCAGCAUCCUUACUUACCAGUAUGCGGAGGAGCUGAUCAGGCAGCAAGCAGAGAGGCGGGGCUGGGCCGCCCCCAUCCAGAAGCUCUAUGCUGUGGGUGAUAACCCUAUGUCUGAUGUCUACGGAGCCAACUUGUUCCACCAGUACCUGCAGAUGGCCAGGCGUGAUGGGGCAAAGGAACUGGGGGCUGGUGGCCUACAGCAGCAGUGGCGCUCAGCAGCCUGUAGCUGUGUCUCCAUCCUGGUGUGCACCGGUGUGUACAGCCCCCCUGAGCCUGCACAGCAGGGCUGGGAACCUCCAUUCCAUGGGCACCGGGACUUCCGCUUCCAUCCGGGGCUCAUGAAGGCGUCCCACGUUGUGAACGAUGUGAACGAGGCUGUGCAGCUGGUUUUCCGCGAGGAGGGUUGGGCUUUGUAGGGAGGGCGGUGAGUGAAUGGAGCUAGGGGUGGGCUUGUUUGCUGGGCAUCAGGUCAGGGCCUGGUUUCCUUGCCUCUGUCUUCCUGCUGCCCAGCGGUGUGACGUUGCUUGUCACUUGGCAGAAGACAUGGCUUUUCUGAUACACGGCACUAGCCACAGAAAUGUACUCUGGGUAGCACCUCAUGUGAAACUAUCGAGAUUUUCUGGGCCCAGUUCCUAUAUGCCUAUCCCGGCAGUCUGACCUCAGGCCAGUCCCUUUACCUGUGUGCCUCAGUUUACCCUUUAUUUCAGUAGGGACUUGUGAAAAGAGGGAGGCAGGGUGGAAUAGAGUGGAAGUUUCUGCAAAGCUUUUGUCCCUUGAAGGAAGUGCGCUGCAUGUCAGCCUGGUGUGUGACUAAUACCCGUGCUUUCCACGUGUUCUAGUUUACUGCCCAGAGACUUUGGAGCUUAUUUUUUUUAAUUAAAAUAACCAUAAUAAAUAUUCCUUAUGUUGUCCA